GUUUGGCACGAGGCCAUUGUAAUUGGAAGAAGAAUUUAGUUUUUAAAUUAAUACCUUAAUAAAUAAAUCUAAAAGAAUGAUUCUUAAACAGUUAAAUAGAUUGUAUGUGAGAAAUUAUUCAUUUAAGAAGAAUAUACUACCACAGAAGAAACAAGUAACUCAAAAUUAUUUGGCAAAAGCAAUUGAAAAUAAAAUAAUAACUCAAAGAGAUUGGAAGUUAGUUCGUCAAGACAUUAUCGAUAAUGUUGAUAAUCGAGGACAGUAUACGAAAAACAAUGUAGAUUCACUAAUUUUAGGAUAUUGUAUAAAAGAAAACAAAUUCGAUUUGGGUUCGCACUAUAUAAAUUUUGUGAAAGAAGAAAAUAUUUCACCGACGCUAGCAUUUAUUGGUAAACAUUUAAAGUUUUUAUAUGAAGUAAACAAAGAAAAACGGUUUAUUAACGGCGAGGGAUGCGAAAAAGCUGAAGAAAAACUUAUUUUACAAAUAUACAGCGAUUUAAGAAAAGAUUUUCCCGUACUGGAUUCUUUUUCUUUAGAAAAUAUAAUUCCAGCCAUAUCAUUGACCAGCGAAUGGAAAAAAUGUAUUGAAUUAUUGAAAGAAAUUGAAUUUACUAACAUUCCAAAUUCACAUGCAUAUAGUUGUACAGUAGCUGCAGCUUUUUUAAAUAACGAAGAACAACUGGCAUGGGAAUUAUUGGAAGAAAUUGUCCAACACGGUCGAAAUGUUGAAAACAUUGUGUUUUUUUCUUAUUUCAGUUGGUUGAGAACCUUCAAAAAUCGAAAAAACACUAUAGCCAAAUUAGAACAAAUGUUUUUAUUUUUACAAAGCAGAGAUCUUUUAUGUGAGUUGGAAGUUAUUGAAAACAUUAUAAACUUCAGUUCGAAAGGCAAUAUUACACACAUACAAAAAGGUGUCUGUCAAAAUUGCUCUAAUCAUUUGACUAAAUUCGAUAUAAACAACGAAGAAUUUGAGGAACUUAAAACUAAGAUAUUCGAAAAAGUUAUUUUGGGCAGAGAUGUUUUUGUGAAAACGAAUCCACAAGAACUGAAAUUAUUCGAAGCAUUUAUGUCUAAUAGUAAACGUUUCGACGUGGUUCUCGACGGUUUAAAUAUCGCUUAUUCUGCAGGUACAAGACAACCGCCUCGUGUACUUGCAACAUUGCUGGCAUCAGUCGUAUCGCAUUUUGCCGAAAAAAAUAAGGAAGUAUUGGUAGUAGGAAGACGCCAUAUGACUAAAUGGCCCAGAGAUAAUUGGAGCUACAUAACUGAACAGGCAACGGUGUUUUUAGCUCAAAAUAUCUCCCAAGACGAUCCUUAUUUACUUUAUUGUGCUCUAAAUUCGGGAAAGGACACAAUAAUAGUCACAAGGGAUUUAAUGCGAAGCCAUAAAUUUUUAUUAAACGAUCUAAGACUCAGGAUAUUAUUUAAUAGGUGGUUGUCGUUGAGGCAGUACCAAUUGGUUAAAGUUGUGGGAGAAGGAAAACCGAUUUUUAGGCAUCCUUUGCGAUAUAGUGUUACCGCUCAGAAGAAUGGUAGUUAUUGGCAUAUUCCCAUUAAACCGAACAUAUCUAAAGAAAGUGACAAUAACAUUCAAUGGCUGUGUUUGAAUUUGACAACAUAAAUAAUAAUAAUAAUACUGUUA